AAAAAAAACCAGUUGAAAGGCCAAAGACAGGCACGAUAUGGGAUGACAAGUGGAGGGAAUUCUCAGGAGAAGAAAGGCCUUGUGCACUGAGACUGGAGGGUUGGAGCAUGCAUUCGCGUGACUUAUAGAAAAUUUGAUCCGUUUGAACUAAUACUCUGCCUGAAUCUCCCUGUUGCAGAUUCCCGCUUCCUUUGUCAGCACACAGCUCACUGAGCGUGGAUUUGCUCUCUGCACCUGUAGGAACAUCGCACUUAAACCAUGGGAAGCGGCACAUCCGCCCAGCAUCACUUCGCUUUUCAGAAUGCAGAGAAAGCCUUCAAGGCGGCAGCCCUGAUCCAGAGAUGGUACCGACGGUACAUGGCGCGCCUGGAGACGCGGCGCCGCUGCACCUGGGGCAUCUUCCAGUCCAUCGAGUACUCCGGGCAGCAGGACCAGGUCAAGCUCCAUGACUUCUUCAGCUACCUCAUGGAUCACUUCGUCCCCAGCAGCCACAUUGAAAGGGACCUCCUGAACCGCAUGUUCACUGAGGACAGAUUCCUCCCAGACUCCGAGAUGGAGAACGGCAGUGAUUAUGAAUCCAUCGAGGUCCCAGACUGUUACACGGGGCCACGCCUCUCCUUCCCGCUCCUUCCUGACCAUGCGACUGCCCUGGUGGAAGCAUUCAGACUGAAACAACAGCUCCAUGCUCGUUAUGUCUUGAAUCUUUUGUAUGAAACCAAGAAGCAUCUGGUUCAGCUGCCGAACAUCAACCGGGUCUCCACGUGUUACAGCGAGGAGAUCACAGUGUGUGGAGAUCUACAUGGCCAGCUGGAUGAUUUAAUAUUUAUAUUUUAUAAGAACGGCCUCCCGUCGCCAGAGCGGGCCUACGUGUUCAACGGAGACUUCGUGGAUCGAGGCAAGGAUUCAAUAGAGAUCCUGAUGAUUCUUUUCACCUUCAUGUUGGUUUACCCAAAAGAGUUUCAUCUUAACCGAGGAAACCAUGAGGACCAUAUGGUGAACUUACGAUAUGGCUUCACCAAGGAAGUGAUGCAUAAAUAUAAGACACAUGGCAAGAAAAUACUCAGAAGGCUGCAAGAUGUUUUCUGUUGGCUUCCGCUGGCCACUCUGGUUGAUGAGAAAGUCCUGAUUCUCCAUGGUGGGGUGUCAGACAGGACUGACCUGGAGCUUUUGGAUAAAUUGGACAGGUCCAAGAUUGUUUCCACCUUGAGAUGCAAAACAAGAAAGGAGAGUGGAAAACAGGCGGAGAUGAAGAGAAAAACCGAUGAGACGAACUCAGCAGAGAGACCCACCCCAUGGUUUCUGCCCCAGAGCCGCUCUCUGCCCGCUUCGCCCCUGCGGCUGAGCUCUGACAAGGCCCACAAGGCCCACAAAACCGGCCGGUCUUCCAGCAUCCCCUGCACCGGCCGCCUUGAGCGGAAGGAGCUCUCCCGGCAGGUGCAGGCGCGGCGCUCCGUGGACCUAGAGCUGGAGCGGUGCCAGGAGCAAGCAGGCUUCCCAGGCAUCCGGGAGAAGGAGGAGCCCUCACCCCACACCUCCGAAACCAGCCACGAAGCUGGAGAGAUGCGGCAGCCCACGUGGGAGGAGUGGAAACAGGUCAUGGACAUUCUGUGGAGUGACCCCAUGGCUCAGGAUGGCUGCAAGGCCAACACUGUUCGAGGAGGAGGCUGUUACUUUGGGCCGGAUGUCACCGAACGGUUGCUGCAGAAAUACCACCUGCAGCUCCUGAUCCGGUCACAUGAGUGCAAACCUGAAGGCUACGAAUUCUGCCACAACCGCAAGGUAUUGACCGUCUUUUCUGCCUCCAACUACUAUGAAGUCGGCAGUAACAGAGGGGCGUAUGUCAAACUGGGGCCAGCCCUGAGCCCGCAUAUCGUGCAGUACCAAGCUAACAAGGCGACCCACACGCUCACCAUGAGGCAAAGGAUUAGCAGAGUAGAGGGGUCAGCUCUGAGAGCUCUGCGGGAGAAGUUAUUCGCACACUCUUCGGAUCUUCUUGGUGAAUUUAAGAAACUUGAUGCAGAUGAAACUGGUCUCAUCUCCCUGGACGACUGGGCAGAAGCUGUGGAGGCCGCGCUGCACCUGGGGCUGCCAUGGAGGAUGCUGAGGUCACAGCUGGUGAACAGCUCCACAGCUCCCAUGCUGGAGUACAAGUCCUGGUUGGAGGACUUGGCCAAAGAGCAGCUGAGCCGCGAGAACAUACAGUCAAGCUUGCUGGAAACACUGUAUCGGAACCGAUCCAACCUGGAGACCAUUUUUAGGAUCAUAGAUAGUGAUCAUUCAGGCUUCAUCUCGCUGGACGAGUUCCGGCAGACCUGGAAGCUGUUCAGCUAUCACAUGAACAUGGACGUCCCGGAUGACUGCAUCUGCGACCUCGCUCGGAGCAUCGAUUUCAACAAGGAUGGCCGCAUCGACAUCAACGAGUUCCUGGAGGCCUUCCGCCUGGUGGAGCAGUCCUGCUCGGAGGGCGACGGCUCAGGUUGUCCGCAGGCUGAGGACACUCCUGAUGGCGGUGGCAGUCCAGGGACGUGCUAGGAACGGCCUGGGCUCGGGGCCCAGAGUGCCUUACAGGCAGUGCUGAGCUUGUGGGAAUAUCUCCCUCCUUCCCUAUCGACCGUGGAAAUUUACGCUGAGAAUUCGCCUACCCAUAAGUACCAGAAUUGCCUGUGUCCUUGGGUGUGGCAUGUGUGUGUGUGUGUGUGUGUGUGUGUGUGUGUUUGUAUCUGUGUUUUUAAGUACAUAGAUGGCCCUGCUCCGUCUCAGAAUCUUCACACAGUACAACUCAGAUAAAGGAACUGUAUUUGAAAAUUCUUAAGUCUAUUCCAAUUAAGAACCACUGAUAAUCCAGCCCCCGAUUGCUUUUGUUUUACACAUUUUAUUUAUUGUUUUUAAAAUGUCCUAUUGGUUAAGGAAAGUUAUGAAAAAUAGUAUGUGUAAUGCCAUGACCGACACAUGGAUUUUUUUCGUUAUUUACUUUUUCUUAUUGUAACUGUAGUAUUUAUAUGAUUUUAUGUUCUGCCUCUUUUAUAAAUUCAGAUCUAAUUGGAAGCACUUUCUCAUGUUGCUAAAUAGUUUUUUUUGUUUUGUUUUGAGAAAGAUUUAUGCUAUAGGAUGUGUGUGCU